CGUGCGCAGCAGAGAAGACCAAAACAAAGCCUGCGUGGUGGUGUCAGGGGUGCAGGAGCUGAAAAUAUGUGAUUGCCGCUCUCCUCUUGUGACUGAUUUCCGGCAGAAGUGAUUUCAUGCGGACGGAUAGCUGCGUCGACGGCUAUACUCGUUGGGAAAGUGAACUUCGUCGUAGGUGCUGGGAAGGAGGUCACAAGGGGAGUGACGACGCCCAUUGCCGCUUCAGUCGCUGAGUCGGGAACCUCUGGUCGGAAUGGAUGGGCCACGGCAUGGCCACACCCCCAAUUCCCACCAAUCCAACUCCAGCUGAUAGUGGGAGCGCCCUGCCGCCGCCGCCUGCGCCGGCCGUGCCAUCGUCGUCGGCCCCGGCCAGCAGCGAGGCUCUGGCCGUGCCCGGGCCGUCGCGGCCCACCCGACGCGUCGCCGCCACUCGCCGCAAGCGGGCCAACCGCUGCGUCACCUGCAGCAAGAGCUUCUCCAGCCCAGGCAAGCUCGCCCAGCACCAGUACUCGCACACGGGCGAGCGGCCGUACGUCUGCCAACGCUGCGACAAGAGCUUCUCCUCAAAGUUCAAGCUGAUGCGUCAUGUUCUGACGCACAGCAAGGAGCGCCAGUUUAAGUGCACCGAGUGUAGCAAGGGCUUCUACCGCAAGGACCACCUCAAGAAUCACAUGGAAACGCACAACCCGAACAAGCAGAUGUUCCAUUGUCCGCGGCCGUCGUGCGGCAAGGAGUACACGUCCAGCACGGGUCUGAAGAAGCACGUGGCGCUGCACGAGGCCGAGGACGGCAACCUCAUGUGUACGCUCUGUGGUAUCACCUUCCAGGCCAAGGAGGACAUCAUCUUCCACCUGAAGACUCACGCCGGCUCGCGAACGGUGAAGAGCGCGCAGGACAAGAAGUUCCAGUGUGACGUGUGUAAGAAGCGCUUCUUCACUCGCAAGGACGUGAAGCGACACCUGGUGGUGCACACGGGUAGCCGCGACUUCGUGUGCGAUCUGUGUCCGCAAAAGUUCGGCCGCAAGGACCACCUGGUGCGCCACAUGAAGAAGAGCCACUCGACAGGCCAGGGUGCGUCGCUGCGGCGCGGCCGGGUCAAGACGGAGCCGGAGGCGGCGUUCCAGCAGCCGCUGCCCGACAUGGACAUCCCCGAACCGGUCACACUGCCCAACUUCGAGCCGCCCGAAGUGUUGCCGGAUCUCCUCCACACGCCCGACCUGAGCGCCAUGCUGCGCUCGGACAUGUACGCUGCGACAGAGAUGUUCUUCUUGCCGCACGCGCGCCAGGCCGAGCACCCUGCCGAGAUGUUCGCGCUGGCUGGGCCGGCACGGCCGGUGCCGCACCUCGCCAGGUCGCCGCGUCUGCCCGUUGGCGGCAAGGACCUGUCGUCGCUGAUGCAGACGACGACGACGGCGGCGGCAGCGGCGGCAGUGAGCGAGGCGAGUCCGCCGGCCGAGCCGUGCCUCGAGCGGCCGCGCACGCCUUCGCCGGACCACUUCCCUCCUAGCCACUUGCCACAAUUCCGCUACUUCGGACCGCCGUGA